AUGGUUAUACGCCAAGAAUUAAGGGAUACGGAGUAUCCUCAGCUAAAAGGAAUCACAUAUCUGGACCAUGCCGGAACGACCCUCUAUGCGACCUCCUUAAUACACUCCUUCUCUCAAGACCUCUGCACAAACCUCUACGGCAACCCUCACUCCCCAUCACCCUCGUCUCAGCAGACCACCAAACGAAUAGACGAUGUCCGACACCGCGUGCUCCACCUCUUCAAUGCCGAUCCUGAGCAGUUUGACGUCGUCUUCUGCGCAAACGCCACUGCAGGAAUGAAGCUAGUCCUCGAGGCAUUCACAGCUCGAGAAGAAGGCUUCAAGUACCGAUACCAUGUGGAUGCCCACACAAGUCUCGUCGGAGUGCGAGAGCUAGCGAGCGAAACUACCUGUUUCUCUUCCGACGCGGAGGUGGAAAUUUGGUUGAAAGGGCUAUGCCAGGAUUCACCGGGAGGACUGUUCGGGUGGCCAGCGCAGUCCAACUUCUCCGGACGACGGUUACCGGGAGAUUGGGCUGCGAGACUGAGGGAUAAUCGGCCGGGAUGGUAUUCCCUGCUGGAUGCCGCAGCAUUGGUCACUUCCACCCCGCUUGACUUGCAUAAUGCUCGGGUAGCGCCGGACUUCACUGUACUAAGUUUCUACAAGAUGUUUGGGUUCCCAGAUCUGGGAGCUCUGAUCAUACGGAAAGACUCAGCCGACAUACUUAAGUCACGGCGUUACUUUGGCGGAGGAACGGUUGAUGCGGUAGUGAGCAGAACCCAGAACUUCCAUGCACGAAAGGUAGAUUCAAUCCACGCGCAUUUGGAGGAUGGGACCCCGGCUUUCCACUCUAUCCUAGCAUUGGGUACCGCCAUUUCUACUCACGAACGAUUAUACUGUAGUUUUAAUAAUAUUUCCCGUCAUACCUUCUCACUCACCCAAGCUCUUCAUGUACUGCUAAGCGAGCUUGUGCAUCGGAAUGGGCGUAAGCUCUGUCAGAUCUAUAGCCCGGGAGGGCACACCUCUUCAAUAACACAGGGUCCUAUAGUAGCUUUCAACAUGCAACGCGCGGAUGGGUCGUGGAUUGGAUAUGCGGAGGUGGAAAAGUUGGCAUCUGUCAAGAACAUACAUAUCCGGACAGGGGGAUUGUGUAAUCCCGGCGGUAUCGAAACAUCGGUCGGCGUUGAACCCUGGGAAAUCAAGCAAAAUUAUCUUGCCGGGCAUAGGUGCUGGGAUGAGCAGGAUGUUAUGCAUGGUAAACCGACUGGCGCUAUCAGGGCAUCACUCGGGGCUAUGAGCACUAUCGAUGAUUUGAUGGUGUUUGUCAAAUUCCUGGAAGAAUUUUAUAUUGAUAAGGAGCCUGUUAGCUUGGCUCUCCAGGGGCCGGUUGGGAAGCCCGAGGCUGUGGUUGAGAGUUUGACUAUCUACCCUAUAAAGUCGUGCGGAGGCUUCAGGAUACCUCCCGGUGAAUGCUGGGAGAUUCGACCUCACGGGUUUGCUUGGGAUAGAGAGUGGUGCCUGGUACACUUGGGCACAGGAUCAGCAAUUGAUCAGAAAAGAUACAAUAAAAUGGCUCUCAUCCGCCCUAGGGUCGAUCUCACAUCUGGGUACCUGGAAGUCUACUUACACAAGUCCUCCGUUGCCCCGCUCAAGGUGCCUCUCUCCCUAGCCCCAUCUGCAAGCUGCACCUUAAAGUCCAGUCAAUCCCGAGUCUGCGGCGACAAGAUCGCAGCCCUAACGUACACUUCCCCGCACAUCACCGACUUCUUCACCUCUGCCGUCGGCGUCCCCUGCACCCUCGCACGAUUCCCUGCCGCUUCAGAGAACCGGCACUUCAAGCCCCAUCUCAAAGGAUCGAGCCUGACCCAGGAGAAAGACGGCAGAAUUGCACCAAUACUCUUAUCGAACGAAUCCCCAAUCCUCCUUAUCAAUAGCAGCUCCAUAGACAAACUAAACGAGACAAUUGGCCGUACUGGCGGGAAGUUAGCGAAGCCCGAAGUAUUCCGCGGGAACAUCGUCAUCCGCGAAACAACCGUGGUCAAAAGAGCCUACGCGGAGGACUUUUGGAAGCAUGUAAAGAUUGGGCAGGAGCACUUUCAGCUCCUCGGCCCCUGCCGCCGUUGCCACAUGGUCUGUGUGGACCAGGAAACGGCAGAAAAGAAUGAAGAGCCUUACGUCACAUUGGCGAAGACCAGGAGGAUCGAUGGAAGGGUUUUGUUCGGACAGCAUGCUGUGCACUUGCCACUCGAGAGCGCAGGUGUGGUUCCAAGGAUUAGGGUUGGGGAUGUUGUCAGAAUUUUGCAGGAUGGAGAUGUGGAGGAGGUGGAUCAGGGCAGUUUGGCGGGUCAGGCAGGGGUUGCUUGAAGAUUUUUAUUGUGCAUUUCCCCACCCGUAUCAUAGUUUGUCUUCUUUGUUAUGAUACAUGUAGGGUAGGCGCGCAUCCACCAUGGCGGGCACCAUACCACCUCUACUCGGGUACUCACAGGGUGCCUUCGCCAGAUUCCAAAG